AUGAACAACAUUCGCGAAACGUCCCAGCAAGACCGCCGUGUCUACGUCGGCAACCUUAGUUACGAUGUCAAGUGGCACCAUCUGAAGGAUUUCAUGCGCCAGGGUGAGGAAUGUGGGUGCAUUGUGGAAUAUGCGACACGCGAUCAAGCCCAGCAAGCUGUUGCGCAACUCAGCAACCAGAACUUGAUGGGACGAUUGGUCUACGUCCGCGAGGAUCGUGAAGCUGAGCCCAGAUUCAUUGGCUCCAACAGCGGCGGUCGGGGCGGCGGCUUUGCUGGCGGCCCAGGAGCCAUGCAUGGCGGUCCCGGCAUGCAGGGUGGUUUCAACCCCGGAUUUGGAGGCGGUGCCCCUGGGGGAGGUGGUGGGCGACAGAUCUACGUCGCAAAUCUUCCGUUCAACAUAGGAUGGCAGGAUCUCAAGGACUUGUUUCGACAGGCCACUCGCGUCGGUGGCGUGAUCAGAGCUGAUGUCCAUAUGGGUCCCGACGGUCGACCCAAGGGCUCAGGCAUUGUUGUAUUCGAAAGCCCAGAAGAUGCCCGCAACGCCAUCCAGCAAUUCAACGGAUAUGACUGGCAAGGUCGUAUGCUCGAAGUCCGUGAGGACCGAUUUGCCCAAGGCGGAGGCAUGGGCUUCGGCGGGCGCGGUGGUUUCGGCGGAGGUAUGCGAGGUGGCUUCGGAGGCGGCUUUGGCGGUCGCGGAGGCUUCGGCGGUUUCGGUGCCCGCGGUGGAUUUGGAGGAGGUCGUGGCGGAGGUUUUGCUGGGAGUCCAAUGGGCGGCCCAGGUGGCCCAGGCGCCCCAGGCUUCGAUGCUCCCUCGGUUCCCCCCAAUCCCUUUACCGACUUCGCCACUUCUGGCACUGAACGCAGCGAGACUAUCUAUGUCCGCAACCUGCCCUGGUCCACCAGCAAUGACGACCUCGUAGAGCUGUUCACCACCAUUGGCAAGGUCGAGCAAGCCGAGAUUCAGUACGAGCCGAGUGGUCGCUCCCGGGGCAGCGGUGUUGUUCGCUUCGAUUCCGCUGAUACCUCAGAUACCGCCAUCGCCAAAUUUCAAGGCUACCAGUAUGGCGGGCGCCCUCUGAAUCUGAGCUUCGUCAAGUACUCCAACCAGCCCGGCGCCGCGGCCGACUCGAUGGAGACCGACACUCACGACGGAUUGACACAAGAUCAAAUGAUGUAG